AUGGUUAGCAGUCGAUCCAAGUCUGUUGGAAAGUUCCAUUCAACUGAAACCAAGAUCAAGAUGAAGGAAUCUAAUAAUAAUAUUAAAGAUUCAUUUGAGGAGAAAAAGUCCAUUUGGAGUUGGAAGAGUCUAAAGACAUUGACUUAUGCCCGAAACCGGAGGUUCAAUUGUUGUUUUUCGCUCCAAGUCCAUUGCAUUGAGGGGUUACAAGAGUUUUUUAAUGAUGCUACUCUUGUUGUGCACUGGAAGAGGAGAGAUGGUGAGCUGAUGACACAACCAGUUAGGGUCUAUAAAGGAAUAGCCAAGUUUGAAGAACAGUUGACAUAUUCAUGUCCUAUUUAUGAGGAAAGGAUUCUUGAAGUUUUAAAGAAUUGGCCUGAAAAGACUAUUCAAGUUAUAGUUGUAACUGAUGGCGAGCGCAUUUUAGGGCUCAGGGAUCUCAGCUGUCAGCACAAACGACCAAAGGCCAGCUUUUGUACAAAGAUGAAGCUGAAGAAAGGAGGCGCUUCUAUGAAAAGUCAUAUCGAAGCGAGAUCAUUGUUCGUCUCUACAUUUUAG